GAAGCGUAUUGACUAUAUAGUCAGCUCUCAAAGCACAAAUGACCUUCUCUUUCUAACCGUCGAUGCACGUACUCCACACACCACCCAAAACCAUGAGCACCGAAAACAACGCUCAGUUUAUAGUGCACACCCCUGCACCCGAACCACACGAGCCAUCCCCACCCCUUCUAAUCUUCGUCCUCGGCCCUCCCUGCGCCGGCAAGUCAACGAUAUGCACCAUUCUAGCCAAACACUUCACCCUAGACCACUUUUCCCUCGGCGAUGAACUCCGCAACCUAGUCUCCUCGAACUCAACGGGUCAUCCAGCACGCAUCAAAUGUAAGCUGUCCGUUGAGGAGCUGCAGGAUCUGGCCAUGAACGUCAAGGCAGGAACACUGGCUCCUUCCAACACAACGCCCAAGUACGUCCGGGAGCGUAUCUUUCCUGAUGGGAUUGUCUCACCGGACGUACGGAUUCUGAUCGAUGGCUUUCCUAGGGGAGCGGAUCGGUGGGAGACUUUCAAAGAGGCCGUGAAAGAUGUAUGGCAGCCUGGUGGGGAUACCUGGGUACUAGUACUUUGUACUGAUCGGGAAGUGGCGAAAGAGAGGUUUGUGAGUCGCAGAAGGGCGGGCGAUGUCUUUGAGCAGAGAUUUGAUAGUCAUGAGUAUUCUAUAGGCGACAUUGUGGCUGCGAUGAAGCAGGAUGGGAUGAACGUCAUUGAAUGUGAGACUGGGCUGGGCUUCGACCCGGAAGAGAUAGUCGGGGUUUUUAAGAGCAUCUCACGUUUAGUUGGAGACAAUCAGGCAUGAGCAGAUCAGAUCGAGCCAACCAUCUCUUUCAAUGGAAUUGCAUUGUCGCAUGAACCGAUCGUUCCACUGUAGGAGUAACCAUUAUACGAAAGAUGCCGAAAGCGCACUCAUUUCAUACGCAUUCAGGCAAGCUAUCGCGUGUCUUAAGGUGAUGUAUCGCCACAUUCGAGCCGCUAAUUCAGGUGAAAUCCAAAGCAGUAGAUACCGGACGAGAUAUUCUUCUCACGCGCACAAGUCCCGAUCAGUGAAGACCAGGCUGCUUUUCGGACAGGCCAUACGUAAUGCCGGGAUGCCCUGAGCGUGCGCGAUGAUGAAAGAAAGUUCCUCGGCAGCUGUUGACAGAUUUUGUCACUCGAUC